UAUACUUUCACUUAAACCAUAUAGUUACCCCCCCAACUCUUUCUCUAGUAACCCAAUUAUAUAUAUUAUAGCAAUGGAUGUGUUGGCAAAUUUGACUGCUGACAAGCCAGUGGUGAUCUUCAGCAAGAGCACUUGUUGCAUGAGCCAUACUGCAACAGCUCUCAUACGCAGCUUUGGUUACUACCCUUCAGUCAUUGAGGUUGACAAAUUGCCAAAUGGGUUGCAAGUAGAGAGGGCACUGGUCCAACUUGGUUGCCGCCCAAGCGUACCUGCAGUGUUCAUAGGACAACAAUUUAUAGGUGGUACUGAUGAACUCAUAAAGCUCAACGUUCAAAACAAGCUUGCCCAAUUGCUUUUAAAUGCAAAAGCUAUAUUUAUCUGGAGCAAGUAGCUAUGAAAACUCAUCACACAAUGAUCAAUAAGGGGUUCUAAUCUUCUCAAAGCUAGAGAACCAUGAGGCGGUUUAGUAAAGAGCUUUUUCUAGCCAUACUUGUAUUCUCCACUCUUUUUGUCUUCUUUUUUUGUGUGGAGCAGAACUGUACUCUUUCUUUUGUAUAAUGCAAAUAAAACUUU